AUGUCUGGCACGGAGAACUGGAAAGACUUGUCCAACUGGAGGACCCGGGACCCAGUCACAUCAACAGUCAAAAGCUCUUCCCAGUCUCGUGAUUCCCGUAAAAAUCUAUUAGGAGCACCGUCCUGGAGAAGUAGAGAUGUCACUAGCAAUGCAGGGCCCCAGAGUCCACAGCAAGAGCCGCGCAAGAUCUGGACCCCGAAAAGUCGUCCAUUUGACCGUGAGCGGACAAUAGACAAGCGACAAGAAGACGAAGGAAGCGCCGCAAAAGCCAUUGCCGAAGGCCGGCGCAUCUAUAUUGGAAACCUACGCUAUCAGGCAAAGCCCGACGACAUCGAGAAUCUGCUUAAAGCCAACGACCUGGGAAGUUUUGAGUCGAUCCAUAUUUCUAUCGACCCCUUCACGGGGCGUAAUCCAAGCUACUGCUUUGUUGAGUUCCCAGACCGCGAGUCAGCCGAUCUAGCCAUGUCUACAUUAGAGGGCAAGAUGCUGCUUAGUAGGGAGGUCAAGUGCCGUCCAUGCAUACCAAAGGGCGGCGCAUCUGGAGGGAGACAGGGCGAGGGCUCCAAGCGCUGGGGCCACUGGACAGGAGAGAAGACUACUGUGGAUGAAGGAGGUGAAGCAUCAUUAGGACAGGAUAUUGGAAAGGGGGAGCAGGAAGGCUCGUCGUCUACAUUUACUAGACAUAGGGAUGAUUUCAGCAACCAGCGGUUGUACGUCGGUGGCCUACCGCGGAUGCACGACCAAGCAACCAACUCUGCAGAAAUCAGAGAGUUAUUCAAAGAGUUUCAAGUUGAAGCAAUAAGCAAAAGGGUCACUGCCCAUGAAUCAAUCCGUGCCAAGCCUGGCCAUCAUGAUUUCUGUUUCGUUGAUUUUGUGACGCCAGAGCAGGCUCAGGCGGCAAUAGAUGCCAUCAACGGUACAUAUUUUCGUGGCGGGCGGCUGAAGAUAUCCUUUGCUGGCAGCCGCUCUCGCAAGUGGCAGGAGAGGGAAAACAUCGACGUCAAUGGAUAA